AGGUAGGGUGUGUGUGUAAAGAACACAGAGAAGCAGGUGAGGUAAAACUAGACACAACACUUAAUGCAUUGAGCAAAAGAAGAAGAAGAAGAAGAAGAGAGAACCAAAAAAAUAAAAUGGAAGUUAAUGGAGAAGAAGAGAGAAGAAGUAGAAGUGAAGAUGAAGAAAAAGAAGAUUACUACUCGCUUCUCAACUUUCCAUGUUCUACUUGUCACAAAGUUGUUCAAGCCAUAUUGAAGUGCCUUGGUCUUGAUUCAUCAUCAAUACCACCACACUCAUCAUCAUCUUCAUCAUCAUCACCAUCACUAGUAGAAGAAGAAGACACAGGAACUGAUGAACUCGUAGAAGAAACAGGAUUUAUGGCGAGGAUCACAGGAGUGUUAAGAAGGAGACCAAGACCACCUUACAGCUCAGGACGACCUGGUCAAAACAAUUGAUUUCUGAUAAACACUUGUUUUGUGUCUGUGUGUGUGUCUUCUUCUUGUUUAAAAACUCACUUAUGAUCUUGAAAUUUCUUUACUUGAAUUUUUGUUUUCUGCGAGUGGUUUGCUUUUUAGUUUAUGUUCUACAUGCUUUAUUUAUAUGAAAGAAGACAAAAUUGAUAA